AUGUCAACUAAGAUUGAAGAAAAUGCCGAGUAUGAAACUGGCGCCAAUGGAAAUCCAAUCAACAACACUACUCAAGCCAAUCCACCAGAUGAUGAUGAUGAUGACGAUGUUCCAUCAUCAGGGAAGACCCAAAAGGAAAGAAGAAAAAUUGAAAUCAAAUUUAUUCAAGACAAGAGUAGACGUCAUAUUACAUUCAGUAAAAGAAAAGCUGGUAUUAUGAAGAAAGCAUAUGAAUUGAGUGUAUUAACAGGAACUCAAGUUCUUUUGUUGGUUGUUUCUGAAACUGGAUUAGUGUACACUUUUACUACACCUAAGUUACAACCAUUGGUUACCAAACCUGAAGGUAAGAAUUUGAUUCAAGCAUGUUUGAAUGCGCCAGAAGAAGGUUUAGGUGGUGAUCAAGAUCAAAGUGAUGGUGAACAAGCUGAAUCACCAGAACAAAGUGCUGCUCCACCUGCUGCUGUUCCUAAUCAACAACAACAACAACAUGCGCAAUGGCAAAAACAACAACAUGCAGCUGCCGCUGCAGCUGCUGCCCAACAUCAUCAGCAACAACAACCUCAACAAAUGCAGCCAAUACCUGGUGGCGGUGCUGGUGGCGCUGGUGGUCCUCAUGGUAUUCCUCAAUAUGGUGGUAACCCAGGUGCUGGUACUCAAGGACAACCUGGUCAACCCGGAGGACAGCCUGGUAAUUUACCAUAUGGUGAUUAUGCAUAUUUUUCAAACAUGCAAAAUAGUAACAUACCUAAUCAACAACAAUAUCAAUAA